AUGGAUGAGAAUGCCCCUGAAAUUGAUCAGGAUGUCGUUCUUCAAAAGUCCGCCAAAGGAGACUUACCAGGCUUCGAAGGACGGCUCAGAUCAUUUCUCUGGAAUUCUGGUGGGCAAGAAGUCAGACGUCAUGUGAGGAUUCGGGACACAGAUUCCCUCGUAGCUGUGCUUGAGCAAUUCCAGGAGCAGCCUCAACUCCUCGAUCCCUACCUCCAAAAAAUCGUCCCUCCUCUCGCCGAAGCAUUUAUCCAAUGUCUCCAGUAUCCACCCACCUCUUUGGAAUCAUCAGCUAUUUCUCACCUCUUGACGCCGCUCUCUGCUGCCAUAUGCCGUCUUCUAUACACAUUCUGCAAGAUCCGUGGGGAAAAGGUAAUUGUACGUUUCCUAAGUACAGAGACGAAACAUCUCGAACUACUUCUCUCAGCAAUCGAAGGAGGCAUCUACGUUGACGAUAGCUCCGAGGCGGCGAAGCGUGCUUGGACCUGGGAAGAAAGAUAUGCGACGCUUCUGUGGCUGUCACAACUUUUGUUGGCCCCAUUUGAUCUCGAGUCCAUAUCUUCGGCUUCCUUUGGCGAGGACGAGCUCGGAGAAGUCCUUUCUGGCUCUGAAGUGGCAUGGCCCGCGAAUACCCCAACCGUUUCUCAGCGUGUCAUUUCUCUUGCAUUUCGUCAUUUGUCUUCUUCUGGUAGGGAGAGAGAAGCUGCUAAGCUUCUUCUUGUACGUAUUGCCCUGCGUCCCGACAUGCAGAAAAUUGGUAUUCUCGAUGUAUUGGUGCAGUGGGCUACAAAAGCUCUGUCCGACACGUCUCAAACACUCCAACCAGUCCAUCGCUAUAUUGGAAUUCUGUCGUUUUUAGCUGGCUUGCUUAGUUCUUCGACUGGUACCAAUGAAAUGAAUCGGUAUCUAUAUGACAUAUUCCGUCUUGUGGAGCAAAUACAGCCUGAUAGUGGACCUAUCUUCGCGAGCAUUCAUGAAUCCGCCGUCGCGCGGAAAAACAUUAUUAAGAUAUACCGCGGUGUUGCGAUUCUUCUUCUUCGCACCAGCUUGGACGAACAAGCGUUUGAAAUCAUGCAAGGCGCUAUUGUUGCCCUUCUUGGCUUCCUAGGAGAUGAGUCCACUCCAGUCAGACUUGCUGCGAGCAAGGCGCUCAGCAUGGUAGUUCCCAAGCUUGACUCCGAUAUGUCUGUGCAAGUUGUGCAAGCUAUUGUUGACGAAUUGGAAAACGGAAUAUCAUGGCAUAAGACUGAGCAGCGUACCGAAUUCUCGGACUCUCAGAAAUAUAGUUUUACAGAUGCCAAUGUUCUUCUCUGGCAUGGGCAUAUACUUACUCUGUCUCAACUACUAUAUCGUCGUGCUAUCUCAGUAAAAGAAAUCUCCUCCGUCUUAGACUAUGUUGUCGCAGGACUCUCAUUUGAAAAGCGGGAUGUUUCUGGUCUUUCCGUUGGCACCAGUGUUAGAGACGCAGCGUGUUUCGGCGUGUGGGCACUCGCACGGAGAUAUACAACAGUUGAAUUGAAGGAAGUCCAUCUAAGCUGUCCUCAUUCCAAAGCAUAUCGUACUCAUUCUCGUGUGCUGGCUGGGACAUCACCGGCGCCUAUUGUGCAACAACUGGCAAUCGAGCUCAUCGUUUCCGCCAGUCUGGAUCCUGCGGGAAACAUUCGCCGAGGCUCAUCCGCAGCGCUUCAAGAACUUGUAGGCCGCCAUCCCGAUGCGAUCGCAAAUGGAAUCAGUUUGGUCCAAGUAAUCGAUUAUCAUGCGGUCGCUCGUCGAUCGACCGCUCUACGGGAAGUAGCUUUCAGCGCCGCUGGCCUCAGCCACCUCUACUUUGACGCGGUUGUUUCAGCAUUGCUUGGUUGGCGAGGCAUUCGUGACGCGAGUGCCGCUGUAAGAAGAGAUGUUGCGAAUGUCUUCGGCCAACUUACAUGGAGUCGGGUUCCAGUGAUGAAUGGCCUGGCGAUAUCUGAAAAUAUAGAGGCGCCUAUCAAGCAAGUUCUUGGACGAUAUCUCAAAUUGCCAGCAAGAGAGCUGAAUGAGCGUCACGGCCUACUGCUCUGCGCAGCUUCUGCCAUCUCUGGUUUUAGUGUUGAUCAGAAAGUUAUGAAAUCUUUAUUACAGACAGGCGAUGGUCUUGAGAUUUCGACGCUUGUUCAAACGAUUGUAGCGCAAGUCGGAGAUCUUCUGAUAGCUGUAAAUUCAAGCUUGAAAGAGCGAAAGCCGACAGAUCUGCUCGCCGAGUCUGUUAGCAGUUUGAUUGUCUCUGUAUUACCUCUGAUUCGUGCCAGCACUUGUCUUCGUCGUUGGAAAGCCGUCGGCACUCCGACUAAUAGUGUGAACGAUAUUGAGAGGGAGGAUGGGAUUUUCGAACUGUGCGACACGCCCACGUGGCCUCCAGAGAAGAUUUACAGUCCCGCUCGAUCUCUGUCGAGUAUGCAAACCGCGAUCGAUGGCGGAUACUUUGAAGAAAGUAGUAUUGUAGUUGUUGCUGGUCAGUUGCUGGCACAAUUCCUCAAUUUGAUGGAACAAGAAACUAUUGAGAUUGUUGCUAGAACCUGUGCGAACUAUAUAUUCUUGUUAGAUAAGUCUGAACGACGAGUACUUGUAGAAAGCUGGGUUGAAGGUCUGCGUAUCCGUGGCAGUGGUGGGCGAUAUGUCGAUGGGAACAUUAUUACGCAAACGCUAUUUUACAUCCUACCAGUCCUUGGGGCUUCCGAACACGUGCAGCCAGGAUCUCUCACACUCCAGGAGCUCGUGAUAAACGAGCUAAGAUGGAAAUGGGCAACAAUCAAAACUACCGACAACCGAGUAUGGCUUCUAAGAUGUCUGAGACAUACCCACGCUCUACAGAUGUUUGCAUAUACAUUCACUGCCUGGAUUGAAGAUGGCCUUAAUGACUACACCAUCAAUAGUCAAGGUGAUAUAGGUCGGCAUGUGCGUAUCGAGGCUUUAAAAACUGCGGCUGCUCUUGGAACUUCGUAUGAUAGCUUUGCAAGUGAUGAAAAUCUAGAAGUUUAUCGCGAUCUAUUUGGGUUGAUACUGAGAUCUGCGGCAGAGAAGAAUGAUAGCGUUCGACAGGCAGCUAAGCAAGCGUUGGUGCUUGGGAUUCCGACCAGCUUUGAAUACUCUGCCGUGUUUGUUGACCUGUCACCAAAAUCACAACUGUAUUUUGAGAUACUCUUGAAGCUACCGAGUUUAGAUUUGAAAUCAGCAGACAAGACAUGGCUCCUCCUCAUGCAGGGCUACGUUACUUCAGCCCAUGCUGGCUCUGAAGACAUCAUCAACGCGAGCAGAGCAGCAAUUGCAUCAGUCUGCGCUCAAGAUCCGGUUAGAGCAAUUGACUCCAUGAGCGAUGCAUUAUGGAAGCUUCUUCGAGACAAAAUUGGUAAUGACCGAAUCAUCGUUUCAUUACUAGAAGUCAUCUCCUUUCUUUUCGAUGCGGCUGUCAUCCACCAGCUCGAAAACAGUCCCACCACGCAACCUCCAUUCGAAAAACGCCUCCUCACGCUCUGCGCACUCGUCCAACAAGCUCACUACAAAUCCAACGAAGUCCGUCGUAUCGAAGCGGCGGUCAGGAUUUACGGCAGUCUAGCGGAAAGUUGUCCGCCGGCCCUGAAGAAGUUGGAGUCGAUGCUCCUCCAUCCGUUUCCGAAGAUUAGGGAUGCGGUUGUGGAGGAGAUGUGGGCGCUUUAUGGGGUGGGGAAGGGAUUGGAUUGGGGGAAGGCGGGGAAGGGGGAUGUUGAGGCGUUGGUGAAAAAAGUUGAAGUUAGCAGGGCUGGUGGGGUGGAGGGGGGGAAGGAGAGGGGGUGGGUGCAUCGAUAG